ACUGUGUGGCUCUGGAGGUGCGGUACCACAAAAGCUGUUACAGUCAGUACACCAUGUUUUUGCUGAGACCUGACAAACCAGAGACAGAACAGGAUGAGGCAAUGUUUGAUGCCAGUUACAAGCUGUUCUGUGAGAGGAUCAUCCGCCAGAGGCUGCUUGUCAACAAUGAGGUGCUUAGAAUGGGCCAGCUGAGGCAGGCCUUCAUUGACAUGGUGAAAGCAAACGAAGGUGUUGAUGCUUCAAACUACAGACAGGAUCUGUUGAAGAAGAGGCUGGCUCAAGAUUUCCCUCAGCUAGCGUUUCACAUGCCCACCAAGCGCAACGUCUGCGAACUGGUUUUUGCUGAGACUCUGUCAAAGGAUGCACUCGUGGACAUGCUACCAGAUCCAUCCGGUACGGAAACAACACAGUCCAGUGAAUUGAGCCAGACAGACAGCGACAAUGAAACAGGGAGAACAAAGUGCCAAACAACACAGGAGGACACAAGGACACUGUAUACAGCAGCGUUGUUUUUGAAAAGACUGCUUAGUGACACUCCUGGCAUGUCAUGCCCAUGGCCUCCCACUUCUGAAAAUGUAAAUGUCACUGAAUCUCAAACUGUUGUCCCCAUUGGACUAUACAAUCUGCUCAGCUGGAUUAUAGGUUCCACUGAGGAGCCAACACUGGAUCAUUAUGUCAACAUUGAUGAUGACGUACAUUUGAAAGUGUUGUCUGUUUGUCAAGACAUUGUGUACCUUGCUUCCAAGGGCCGCAAGCAGACACCCAAGUCCUUGGCUUUAGGUUUAACUGUUCGACAUUUAACUGGAUCAUCACGCAUUGUAUCACUGCUUAACAGACUGGGACAUUGUGCAUCAUGGGACACAGUUUUGAGUCUAGACACUAGCCUUGCCCAACUGACACUAGUAGAAGGCAGAGACAAAAUACCGAAGGGAUUCUCAAAGCGGACACCCACAACACUUGUGUGGGAUAACAUUGACUUUGGUGAGGAGACACUAUCGGGUCGUGGAACUACUCACCAUACAAAUGGAAUUAUGCUCCAGAGUGUGCCCGGCGAGCCUAUGUCCACAGCAAUCAGACAGCCACUGAGAAAGGGAGUUACCUCAUUCAUAGCCCCCCCCCCCCCAAUGCCUAUACAACCUUACCAUCAGUCCAAAAGGCAAGGGCCACAGAACUUGUGUCAACCAGUGCAGUCAGCGACAUGCAGAAUGAACACCCACUUUGCUGUACAAGCUGAAAUGGCAUAUGCUUUUGUGAAGUCCACAU